AUGCCGUUUAAUGAAAUUUUCAUUCCUUCAGCUAUUACUGGCUCAACAAGAGCACAAUGCAUAUCAUGCCAUCGAUAUGUAUGCAAUCGUGUUUUAAAAAAAAAAAGAAUCAAAGGUUCACUUACAGUUGCAGGAAAACUGCUUUCUUCUCAUAAAAUAACUUCUAUAUUUGUACAUAAGAGAGUAUUAAUAAACUCCAAACACAACUACAUAUGCCAUUCAUGUGACGUUAAAGACUUAACAGAAUUAUUUAUUCCAACAAAAUCAAUUACAAAUGAACAAUUAUCAACGUAUUGUGAGAGUUUAUCAUAUAUAACAACAGAUUUUAAACAUGCAUUACAUUCAGAUAUUCACCGUUUAUCUUAUGACUUAUUGAAUAAUGAACAAUGUGAAUCAUUUAGUCGAUUAACAAAACAUCAAAUUCAACAAUUAGCAACAGAAUAUAACUUAAAUGAAGAAAAUAUUUUCUUAUUUUACACAAAGUGUAAUACCGAUAAUAGUGAUUUUCUUUUUAGUCAAGUAUUUGGCAUUUCGGAUACAUCUAUUUCUCGUCAUUUUAACCAGUCCAUUGAAGAUCUUUUUAAUAGCUUAGUUACGGAUCAAAUGGGUCCCACCACAUGGGACAGAAAAAAUAUCGAUAUGCAUACACCAAUGUUUGCAAAAGAAUUAUUGCAAGUCAAUGUUCAAAAUAUUGUUGUUUGUAUGGAUAGCUUUCCUAUAUACAUCGAAAAACUUGGUGACUUUACAUUACAAAAAUUAACGUGGUCAUCACAAACUUUACGCAAUUGCAUUAAAUUCCACUGUAUCACAACUUUAGAUGGCACAUUUGUUGGUAUACAAGGUGGUUAUGGUGCAACAGGCCAUAAUAAUGACGAAAGUAUUAUUAAUUCAUUAACAAAUAAUAAAUAUGCAAUUGAUAAUGAUGAUGAUGAUAAUAUUUAUCAUAAUCAUAUGGCUCAAACUUUUUUUUUCAAAAAGAUUUUAAAAAAUAAUGAUAUUUUAAUACUAGACCGAGGAUACACAAGAAUGAACAAAAGACAAUACCAAAUAAAAAUACCACCGUCAAUUGAUAAAGGCAAAACCCAACUGUCAACAACACAAGCCAACGAGUCACGAUUAGUUACAUCUUCUACGAUUAACAAGUUCGAUGAACCAUUGUACAAAAAUUUUUCAAAAAAAAAUAAACACGUUAAAUUAAUAUUGGAACAUAUCAAUGAUUCUGAAAAUGAAUUAAAAUAUCUAAUGGAUAAAAAUCAAAAUAAUUCUUGGCAAUUAACAGCAAAAAAUUUAAAAGAAAUUAUUGAUUUCGUAACUAAUACGAAUUACUUACCAAAAUAUACACCAUCAAAAAUUGAAUCAAUUUCGACAGGUUGUUAUGCUAUGAAAUUAUCGAAGCGAUAUUUUACUAACUCUAUCGAUUAUAUGAAGAUUUAUGAACAUCAAUCUAUUGAAAAUUGUAUUAAAGUUGUUGGCAUUAAUUCAAGAAAACUUGAAGAUACAAAAUUUUAUUGUUCUUGUAAAAGUGGUGCACGAACAACUAAUCCAUGUGCACAUGCUUUAUCUGUCUUGAUGUUAAUUCAAUCCAUUCAAAAGGAAUUGCCUCAUCUUGAAUUAGCAAAAACCACCAUUGAUUAUCCAGAUGCUAUUAAAAACGAACAUUCUUCAUCACAUUAUCAAGCUAUUUAUAAUAAUAUUAUAGACUGUAAAAUUUACAAAGAAUGGUCAAAGUCUAAUGAUACAUACUGUAUUUGUAAUGAAUCUUAUCAAGAUGAGUGGAUGGCAAAAUGUUGUACUUGCCAUGAAUUAUAUCAUCCUAGUUGUAUUGGUCAAGAUCAAGAAAAAAUUGAUGCAAUUAUUGAUAAAUGGAAAUGUCCAUAUUGCCAAGAAGAUGAUGAUAACAAAUAA